AUGGCCGACAACAUUUCCUCACGGCCCCUAGGUGCUCUGGAUGACAUAAUGCCGGACAUCGAUCUACCGUUUAUUCUCACCUUCCCUUGCCGCUCACCCUCGAAAACAACCGAAUUACUCUCCUCCUCUUUCGGGACUUUACUUUCCACCAACUCGUGGCUUUGUGGCACCAUCCGAAAUAACAUAGCCACGUCCGAGAAUCGCGCGGGAACUAGGUUUCUCUCCAGCCCUUUGACUGCGAACGGCAACAAUUUGAGGGGCGACAAUGUCACUGCCGCUCCUGAUUCGACCCACCCCCAUCUCUCAAUACAGGAUCUGUCCCAGCAUGCUCUCUACGCGGACAAAGAUUACGAAGCAUUAGUUUCGGAACACAUGCCUUCCAGGUACUUGAAUGCGAAACUGCUUGUUCCAAGUAGAGAGACAGGUGUAGCGGGGAUGAGCUCUGUUCUUAGGGCCAGAGUGAGCUUUAUUCGGCAUGGAGCUUUCUUGUGUUUGUGCACCAGCCAUGCGGUCAUGGAUGCUACGGGCCUCGGCAAGAUUGCAGAAGCAUGGGCAAUGCUGGCGAGGGGGGAUAUUGUGGAAAACCUUCACCACUGGCCGAUUUCAGAGCAGGAGUUGGGUCUUAAUGUUGGCGGGAAAGGAACGAAGGCGGACGUUUAUGGCAAACUGAAGGGAAGGAAGAAGUUGUGGCACAUGCUUGGGUUGGAUUAUCGACAGAAAGAAUUGACAUCUGCAAUGCUGGCAAGAGAUAUUCCGCGGCGAGAGACGGCAACCAGAAUCUUCGGGCUGAGCGCAGAGCAGCUACUGUUGCUGAAGGAAUCAUGUGGAGUGGAUCCGGCCAACAGUAACCUGGGUGAAGAGCAAUAUCGGGAAUUCGGUGAAGAGGCUGUGGAGAGAGAUGUAAAUAGUUCUAGCAAGGAGAGCAUGAGGAGUGGCGGAAGUUGGGUAUCUACGAACGACGCGCUCUCAGCACUGCUAUGGCGCUGCGUUGUGCGGGCCCGACUGCGCACAGCGAGCGACCUGGCAAAGUCCAGUACUAUGAUGUACGCGAUGAACAUCCGGGGUCUACUACCAUACGAUCUGUCAGAGUCUGACGCGAAGAUGAGAAGGGAACGAAUAGCAAACGUCGUCGUAUACAGCAUCAACGAAACUCCGGCGAAACACCUUGUGACGAUACAAUCGCUUGGGGACACCGCAAAGGACAUCCGAGCAGCGGUUAGUUCCCAUAAGCAACCCGAUACUCUCCGAGACGUCUUGAGGCUUGCCGCCAGCAUCCCGGACGUAUCGCACCUAGGGCUUGUGUACCCGACUUGGCUGGCGGAAGACGUGGUGAUCAGUUCGCUUUUUGGGUUGCAGCUGUAUAGAACACACUGGGGUAGAGCAUUUGGGGGAAGCCGUACCGCACCAGAUUACGUUAGGUUUCCCGAAGGAGUAUUCGAAGGAAUCACCUUUAUUAUGCCGCAGAGGGAGAAUGGUGAUGUUGAAGUCGUUGUCACCAUGAUCAAAGAAGAUAUGGAGGUGCUGCUGCAGGAUGUCGAAUGGGGAGAACAUAUGAAGGUGUUACCGUAG